GCAGACGACGCCGCUGCGCCGCCUCGUCUGGCGCUCGAGGAUGACGCACUCGGGCCUCGUUUCCUGACACGGAGAUCGGAGACUUUUUCCUCGGGCCUCGGAAGAGCAGCAGGCAUUCUUGCAUUGUGCUUUUGUGUGGCCUGUAAGGCAAGUUGAGCUCCGCAGUGCUGGUGUCAGUCUUUACGAGAGCGAGGAGGUUGUACGGCAAACCAUGCGUGUCGUUCUGGGAGAAAUACAUGCGAGGUCCUAAGAGAAGCAUAGCUGGCUCGAGGUUGCCGGCGUGCGUCAGGGGCUCCUGGCUGACAGCAGCAAUGAACCCAUUAUGACCAGACAGAUUGUGGCAGCAAGUUCUGUGGUUUUUGCUGUGUUGCCAUACCGUCCAGUUGCCAGCCUUAGUCUCGGAGCCCAGUAUGCCAGUAUGGCGCAGAGGAGUCGUCGCCAAAUAUACGAAACUGCCUUUGACAGUAAGCCUUCACUGUGCUUCCGCCAGGUGGAAAAGAAGACCGAGGAUGGAGGGGACUUGAUAGACCGCAUCGCCAACCACCCCAUCCUGCAGCUCCUCAACCUGCGCCGGAGGUCUCGGCAGAACGGCCAGAACAACAAUAACCACCACAACAACCAGCACCAUCACCACCACAGUGGAAGUAGUGGGCACAGGUCAAGGACCCUCUCCAGCAAUGUUGUUGCUUCAACUUCCUCGGAUCCAAAGUUCCAGGUUGGUGUAUACACACCUAAAGGCCGACGACGAGACCGGGGCCGGGGAAAGACCCCCCACCCAGCGCGCAGUGUCUCCACCCACUACAUCACAGAGCACCGUGUCCGCCCCAUUGGCCUGUCCAAGAGCGAUGAUGAGAUUCUCAACCGUGCGUCGGAUUCUCUUGAUGAGGAUGACUACAUUGAGGAUUAUAUCGAAGGCCAGAAUGCCAAAGAACUUUCAGCUGAUCUUGAAACACUCCACAUGCACAGUGACGACUACUUCAAAGAGGUAAAGAAGCAGAAGAAAAAUGCCAAGAAGGAGAAGAGUGAGUGGAAGGAACGAUCGGAGCUUAGCAAAUCUCAGGCCAUUCCACGGAAAUUGCCAUCGAAACCUCUGGAACUGCGGAGUCCACCCGGCACAGCUCCUCUCCCCAUUAAGUUCUGCAAGAGAACUCCCAUUGCAGAUAAAAGUCCCUCCAGUUGGUUUAGUCCACCAAGACAAAAGGACCUCAACCUCCCCAUCAAGAAGAGUUCGAGCAAGGAACACCUUGGCUUGAGUAGAAAUACACCUCCUUGUGAGAGCCACACAAGUCUCAAUGCCUCCAUGGAGGUCUUGCUUGACAGUUCAUCCCAGAGAGACAUUAAGUCAUGCUUCGUGUCUCCCCGGGUGAGUGUCAAGUACUCAAGCAUAGAAAGUGUUGUGACUGGAAGUACAAUGUCCAGCCUGGAGAGCCUGCGGAGUUCCAUGAGUGAUGGCAGCAAGAGCACUGCCAGCAAUGAAUCCGCUGUGAGCAGCUAUAAAAGUUCGUCCUUGGGGAGCGAUUCCUCCCUCAUGUCCCGUCCCUUCCUGAACCUGUGUGCCCCUCAUAGGUCACUCAUCCAGUCAGCCAAGUUCCAGAUCCUUUCGCCCAUUUCAGACAAAUCCCAGGAGCCGUCUUCAGAGAACGGUGGGCUCUCGCAGAAGAGCUCACCACAGGACCUGGCUGAGUUCAAUUCUGCCCUGGCCCGCCAGAAGACUCCGCUGCAGCCCCGGAACAUCCAGGAAGAUUUCCGCAACUUCCAUCACAUCCUGCCCGGCCCCCCAAGGGAGGGUGAUGUCCAGGGCUCUGACAGCGGCAUCAGCAUUGAAUAUGGACUACACAAGAGCAAAAAGGAAGAUGUCCCCUUCAGUGACUUACCCUUUGAUAUGCCAAAGCUUCGCCGACGAUUAGCCGCAGCCAAAGUUGGAAAGACCAGCCUGUCGAGUAGCAAUUCUUCGAUAUCUUCCAGUGGUGCCACAAGUGACGGGAAUCCACGAUUUAGUCUUCCGCCAAACUUCCAGCCCACAGUUAAUCCUGCCAUUUCAAGAUUACAGCUCUCUGAGGGCCAGAGUGGGACCUCCUCUUCCAAUUCGAGUGACUGGGAAACAAGAUCCUCUGCAGAGAGCAGUGACGACCAAGGUACACCAAAGUUGAGAAAUAAAGGUGAGAUUGGAAAAUAUGGUGUUUACUUGAAAUAUCUUGAUAUUUUUUCUUGGUCUUUUUUACCUCAGUUAAAUAUGUGAAUAAUAGGAAUAGAUAAAUUUAGAUUUAAGAAUUAUGGAAUGUAAGGAAUGGCAUGUUUUUCUUUGGAUGGGCAUUGUCUUUUGCUAAUCAAGAAAUGUAGGUUAUUGUGAAAGAUUAAUGAUUGCCUUUUUCUGUUGAAUAAAUUAUAUUCUUAAAGGAAAGUGUACACUUUUACUCUACUUUGAAUAAGAUUAAUAUAUAAUCUAAAUGGCUUACUUCAUUGCCUUUGUAUUUAUUUUUGUCAUAUAUUAUUUUGUAUUUGAAUUAUGCAGUGAUAAAGAUUAUCCCAAGAAAGGUAAAGGGAAAAUUGCAAUAAUUUUUCUUAUCCAUUUUGUAAUUAAGUUGAGGUUCAGAUUGAUGCUUAUACUCAAUUAGGAAAAAUAUUAAUGAAUGUGAUUUAUAUUGCUAUUUAUAAUGAAAAGCAUUUUGUAUUUUUCAUCUUAAACUUCUAGAUCAGUUCCCCCCAGGACAAAUAAAUGAAUAGGAAAGAGAAAGCAGAAAAUACCAGUAUUAACAAUAUUCAGAGUCCAUAUUGAUUCAGUGGUAUAAUUUAGUUCACAGAAUACAAAUUUUUAUCAGAUUUGCAAAUUACUGUUUGACGUCACCUGUUGAAAAUGAAAAUAUUCAUUUUUUAUGACAGUUUUCAAUAAUGAAGGCAAAAUUAGUUAGUGCAUCUCAUGUGAACGUAUUAAAAUUUCUUUUGUAGAUUUGAAUCCCAAUACUGUUGUUUCAAAAAUAUGUAGAAUUUAUAAAUUUUUGCAUGCAUAAUUUACUGAUUAUCAGCAUUCUAUUGUAUUUAAGUCAGGAAUGAUGCUAGGAUGUUUAUUGAAAUGAGCAUUUUCCUCUGUGGUUUACUGAUUGAUUUUUUUCUCCAUCAACUUUUUGAGAUGAAAAAGUUUUAGUGGUCUAGUAAAUGAUUUAGUGGUAUUUCCCAACAUAUAAAUGUAAUGUCUAUGUACAAAAUUCUUGAAACCCAAAUUUUUUGUGUAAUUUCUUACAAGUGUUUUUUUUUUUCUUCAUUAUAUGAAUAUCUCUCCUGCUACCUUCAUAGCUGUAGAAGCAUCCCCUUAUAUUAGAUGUGCUAUUGUUCCCUCUUGUAAAUUGUGAAACUAGCCAUUCCCUGUAACUGUAGCUUUUUUAUGUUAAUAAAAAUGCCUGAUGUCUUCUCUUCAUGCUGAAAAAAUGCCUAAAAUAUACAGAAAGAUGAUGGUUCAGACCAUAUGUUCUUGUAAGGUGGAAAAGGAAAAAGAAAAAAUGGGUUUAUAUGCAAAUAGAGCUUUCUGUGCAAAUCAUGCCUGACCAAAAUUUCCGAGAUUUUGCAUGGUUAUCUUUAAAAUUUCCCCCAAAAGUAGGAAGUGCUAUUGAUAAAUCUAGCAGUAAACUUUUAUUUAUUUAUUUUUUUAACCAUACUGAUAGGCACUGGCUGUCAGGUAUUGGGAAUUUUUAAUGUCUGCGCUAUAUGUUGCAUGUUUCGUUCUUUUCUCCUCUCCCCCCUCCCCUCCGUUCC